UCGGGCUCUGUGCUGACAGCUCAGAGCCUGGAGCCUGCUUCAGAUUCUGUGUCUCCCUCUCUCUCUGCCACUCCUCCACUCACGUUCUGUCUCUCUCUGUCUCUCAAAAAUAGAUAAACGUUUAAAAAAUUAAAAAAAAAAAAAGAAUGGAUGCUCAAGAUAGGUGAUUGGGAAUCCUAGACCCUAUUCUGUAGGAUUCCAUUUUGGUUGUGUUAUAAAAUGGAUUUUUUUUUUAAUAUAGUUGACACACAUAAUAUGGAUUUUUAAAGGUUUUUUUUAAGGUUUUUAUUUAAAUUCCAGUUAGUUAACAUACAGUGUAAUAUUAGUUUCAGUUAAAGAAUUUACUAAUUUAACACUUACCUACAAUACCUGGUGCUCAUCACAGGUGGGUGCCUUAAUCCCCAUCAUCACCCAUUCCCGCCCCUCACUUCCCUUCUGGCAACCCUCAGUUUGUUCCCUAUAGUUAAGAGUCUGUUUCUUGGUUUGUCUCUCUCUCUCUUUUUUUUCCCUUUGCUCGUUUGUUUUGUUUCUUAAAUUCCACAUAUGAGUGAAAUCAUAUGGUAUUUGUCUUUCUCUGACUGACUUAUGUCGCUUAAGAAGGGUGGUUGCCAUAAGAAACUCCAUGUUUUUGGGUUUCACUUAUAAGUGAAUGGAGACCCAUUUAGACAGAAUGACUGACUUCAUAAAUGACUUGAGCGAAAGCCAUGGUCAACAUUUUUAUUACAUGGAGGGUGCUGGUUUGCUACUAAUCGACUUUGCUCUUGUGUCUUCCUUCAUAGAUAUAUCAGGUACAUGGAAGCAGGAAACCAAACAGGAAUUUUAGAGUUCAUCCUCCUUGGGUUCUCUGAGGAUCCAGAACUGCAGCCCUUCAUAUCUGGGCUGUUCCUGUCCAUGUUCCUGAUCACUGUGCUCGGGAACCUGCUCAUCAUCCUGGCCAUCUGCUCUGACCCCCACCUCCACACACCCAUGUACUUCUUCCUCUCCAACUUGUCCUUGGUCGACAUCAGUUUCAGCUCCACCAUCGUGCCCAGGAUGCUGGUGAGCAUCCACACAGAGAACAAAGCCAUCUCUUAUAUGGACUGCCUCACUCAGGUCUAUUUUUCCAUGUUUUUUCCUAUCCUGGACACUCUCCUCCUGACCGUGAUGGCCUAUGACCGGUUUGUGGCCAUCUGCCACCCCCUGCACUACAUGGUCAUCAUGAACCCACCCCUCUGUGGCCUGCUGGUUUUUGUUACCUGGUUUAUUGGUGUCAUGACCUCCCUUCUUCAUAUCUUUCUGAUGAUGCAUCUGAGAUUCUGUGGAGAUCUCAAAAUUCCACAUUUCUUCUGUGAACUGACACAGAUUCUCAAGUUGGCCUGCUCUGACACCUUCCUGAACCGCACAUUGAUAUACUUUAUGACUGGUGUGCUAGGUGUUUUUCCCCUUGUCGGGAUCCUUUUCUCCUACUCACGAAUUGCUUCAUCCAUAAGGAAGAUGUCUUCAGCUGGGGGAAGGCAAAAAGCAUUUUCCACCUGUGGGUCUCACCUCUCAGUGGUUUCUUUAUUUUAUGGGACAGGUGUUGGAGUUUACUUCACUUCUGCAGUGACUCGCUCCCCCAAGAAAGUCUCAGUGGCCUCGGUGAUGUACACCGUGGUCACUCCUAUGCUGAACCCCUUCAUCUACAGCCUGAGGAACAAGGAUGUGAAGGGGGCGCUGGGAAGGCUUUUCAGUAGAGUGGCUUCUUGUCUGUGAUGGAUCUGCUGGCCCCAAGACUACGAAAUUUUAUGGAUCCUAAGAGCAAAAACUUUGAUUCUGGAGUUUACUCUUGAAUCUUACACACCUUUCACCCAAUUCUGAAGGAUCAAUGACUUCUCUCUCCUAGUUUUUACAAAUUUUUAAACAACCAAUUUCCUCAUAAUUUAUGUGAUGAUAUUUCUGCCCCAUCUGUUGUCCCAAAGUUAUGUCCUCCACUUUCUUUCUUACUUCCUCACUGGUGAGUUCUAACCUGGAUUUGGAGUGUUAACUUCAGCCUUGUUGUCGGAAAUGUUGAUGGAGAGUGCAGUUGUUCAUAUUAACUUAUUUCUAUGUGUUUUAUUGUGGGUUUGUGUUGUUCAUGUGCAUGUAUUACCAACAGUGUUCUGGAGUU